ACCACAGCUGUGAGUUCUCCCAUCAUGGAGCUCCCGCACACAAUCUACCACAUUUACGAAAUAAGAUGAAUGAGCGGCUACCAAAAAUGAACUGGGGAGCACCAGGUGACCACAAUGCAUGAGCUCGUAUUCUUUCACCCAAUCCCAAAACCUGAAAGCGACUUUGACAUUUGGGAUGGAUUCGCCAACUUCACUUUGGAAACCCUCAACUUCAAUCUUACUGGGAAUAUAACUGAGAAGAAUGCCACGUUGAAUGACAGUGGGGAGGUGAACAAUUGGUGGGCGUUGGUAGCGUUGAUCCUGGUUCUGUGUACGGCAGCUGGGAAUGUGCUGGUGUGCCUUGCGAUAUACUUGGAGAGGAGACUGCAGAACGUGACGAAUUACUUCUUGAUGUCGCUGGCGAUUACUGAUCUACUGGUCGCGAUUCUAGUGAUGCCGCUUGGGAUACUGACGCUGGUGCGAGGUUACUUCCCUUUGCCUGCUGUGUACUGCCUCACCUGGAUCUGCUUGGACGUGCUUCUGUGUACUGCUUCCAUUAUGCAUCUAUGCACCAUCAGUGUUGACAGAUACCUCUCCCUGCGUUACCCCAUGCGCUUCGGCAGAAACAAAACGAGGAAGCGAGUCACCAUCAAGAUCGUGUUUGUGUGGAUAUUGUCUACAGCCAUGAGCCUCCCGUUGAGUCUUAUGUACUCCAAGAACGAAGAAUCGGUGCUCAUCGGCGGCGUGUGCCAAGUCCCCGACCCGCUGUACAAGGCGAUCGGCUCCAUCAUCUCAUUCUACAUACCUCUUGGGGUGAUGCUGCUGACGUACGCGCUGACAGUCCAACUCCUGGCGCGACAGAGGAAGGGCCUGGGAGCGGGCUGGGCGGCCGGCUGGCUUGGUGCGCCUCCAAUCGGUAUUUAUAAGUAG